CCUCCUGUCUCGCGAAGAAUCUCCAAGACUUCGGAUUGCGCUCAUUCCCGUUCAACUGCAAUUCAAUUCAAAUCUAUUCGAAGAAUGCGCCAACGAUAAAAAUUCUCGUCCUGUUCUUCCAUCUGGUGCUUUUAACUCAAACUAAAAAGCGCGAGCCUACUAGGCACGCGUGUAUUUCAGUGUAUUGUGCAAGUAUUAUGUACACGAGCCAAGAGUGAGAACACGAGUCGGUCGAGUAGUGACUUAAUUCUGCUUGGAAGGUUGUGAAUUUCGCAAAUCGACGUAUUAAGCGGCGCUGUGGAAAAGGGAAUUCGAGUACCGCAUCGAAGAAACAGUGAAGAGAUGGCAACUACCGAAUCAUUGGCUGAAGUUACAGAUGUUGUACAAAUUUUAAGGCAAUGGGAAGAAGAUCAAAAUUCACCUAAUUAUAAUCCAAUACCCACGUUGCAACGAUUGGCUCAAAUAAUAGAGCAAGAAACGGAAAACUAUUUAAAAAUGGAUCCAGACCCAUUUGACGAGAGGCAUCCAUCUCGCACAGAUCCAGAUUGUAAUUUUGGUCACAUAUUAAAAGUUUUAUUUCGAAAAGAGAUUUUUAUGACAAAGUUAAUAAAUGAUUAUUUAAGAGAUAAUUAUUGGUUGAGAGUUGGUAUAACAAACAGAGAUGUAAGAAGUUUGAAUACUGCAGCUUGUCGAUUGAUGCUCGAUAUUCUGCCAGGCCUCGAAACAUCGGCUGUCUUUCAACCGGAUAUGGAAGGCCUGAUUCACAGACUCUUUUCGUGGGCUGAGAAAAGUUCAGAGCCAUUGCAGAGCUAUGCAACUGGUUUGUUGGCUGCUGCCAUGGAAGUUCAGGAUAUUGCAACAGGUUUCCGCGAGCAGAAUGGAAAAAUGGUACCAUUGAUGUUAAAAAGACUUCACAAACUGCAGGAGAAAGCUGCCGAGGAAAGACAGCUGACCAAUGCUACUCGACCAUUCACUCACUUCGGUCAAAAUCGAUCCAACAACAGUCUGACAGAUUCUGAACACAAAGCUUUUCCUGGAAAGAGAAAAAUAAGGAAUAAAAUUCGAGAGAAUGGAACCGUAAAGAAUAAUUUACCAGAGCUGGCGGAUUAUUCGUCCUCGGAGGAUGAAGUGGAGUGCGACACUAUUCGCGAUGAAACUUCUUCCCCACCAAUCAAGAAAUUGAAAAACGAAGAAGGAACCGAACAAGUCACUCCAGUGAAGAAAAAUGCUUGUUAUCCUGAUAUAAUGUUGCCACCACUAUUAAUUCCGCCUUUAAAUACAUUGAAAAGCCAUGCCAGUAAUUCUCAGGUAAAUUCAACAACGACUUCAUUAAAAAAUCAAAACCCAUGUGUUAGAAAUACGUCGAGUCCAGCUUGGUCGAAAAUGAUGGGAAAUAAAAAUAAUACACCAUCCACGUUACUCGAAGGGAAUUCAAAUUCAUCGUGGGCUGAAAUGGAAUCAUACGUCAUUGGAAAUAUUCAAAUAUAUCCUCCAACUUUAUCAACACGACAAAUGCUCAUUCUCAGGUAUUUAACACCAAUGGGAGAAUAUCAAGAAUUUUUGGGGCAUGUAUUCGAACAAAAUGCUCUCGAUCUCAUUCUCGAAUACAUAAAUGUACGUAAAACAAAGGAUAGUCGCUUAGCCUUCGAAGCACUCAAAUAUCUCGCAUCCUUACUCUGCCAUAAAAAAUUUUCUAUCGAGUUCUUGAGCAUUAACGGUCUGCAGUGUCUUAUCGAUAUACCAAGACCCAGUAUCGCCGCUACCGGUGUCUCCAUUUGUUUGUAUUACUUAGCUUAUUGCGAAGACGUCAUGGAAAAAGUCUGCCUUCUGCCAAAACUUGUAAUAGGCGACCUCGUUAUGUACGCGUUAUGGCUACUGGAACGUAGUCAUGACUCGGGAAGGUGUCACGCGACGAUGUUUUUCGGCUUUUCCUUUCCCUUCAAGAUCAUGCUCGAUGAGUUCGAUGCUCAAGAUGGAUUGAGGAAACUUUACAAUGUGAUAUCUACACUCCCAUUGUUAAACAUUGAGGAGGAAGCAACGUUAAACGACGACGAGGAAUGCGCCUCUAGACAAAUCGUGCGACACGUUGCCGUCGCAUUAAAGAAGUACACGGAGGCUCACUUGUGCUGGAAAGCAGAACAAUUGCAGCGGGCGGAAAAUGCGAGAACCGAGCGUGAUACGUGGCAACCUUCCUUACCGCCUUACAAAGCUUGCAAGUUGAGCUGCGAAGAGGUUCAAGCAAAGGUGGAAGUGCUGCAGGAGUUGAUGUAUUUAAGGACAUUGUGGCCAUCGGUUGAUAAGCUUCAUCGUCUCGGUGGUAUUUCCCUUCUUUUACAAAUCAUUGCCUUUGCUCGAGAGUGGAAUUUUAACGGCCGCGUCCACACGACUUCGAGCGCCGAGACUGUUCGCGCCUGCCUGGACGUAAUAGCGAUAUGCUCAGUGGUGCCCAAAGUUAUGCUAUUGCUAUGCGAACGCGUGGACAUGCCCGACCUCUCGAUGACCAUGUCGAUAAAUUUACUGCUGGCAGCGGCCGAGUGCGAGAUUAUUGCCGACGCGGAUGUGCAGCGGGCUGCCCUCCGCGCCGUCAUCAAUUGCGUCUGCGCCCCGAUAAACCGCGUUGGAGGCAACGUGGCGCGGUACUCGGUGACGGGCUCCGCCAAAAAGAAGACUAGCAUAUACGACGAUGAGCUCAUACAGAAGGUCUGGGAGAGCGUCAGAUCGAAUAACGGUAUCAUGAUUUUACUGCAACUUAUGAUGGUUAAGACGCCAAUCACGGAUGCGGAUAGUAUUCGUGCAUUGGCUUGUAGAGCCUUGGCCGGUCUUGCGAGAAGCGAGAAAGUGAGACAGAUAAUAAGUAAAUUACCUAUGUUUACGGAUGGCCAAAUUCAAGCUUUGAUGAAAGAUCCCAUACUUCAAGAAAAGAGACAGGAACACGUAAUGUUUCAAAAGUAUGCCUUAGAACUUAUGGAGCAUGUUUCUGGAAAAGCUAAGCCUACUGGUGCAGAAUAUGAAAUUUCUUUAGUUAGUUUACACAGAGCAAACGUUGUAGCACAAACGAGAAUACAGUAUAACGAGCAACAGUUACAUCAACUUAUUUAUCAACAUUUAUUAUCCAAAGGAUUAACAGAAUCAGCAUCGAUUUUACAGAAAGAGGCGAAUUUGGAAUCACCAACAUUAGCAAAGUCAUUAACAUAUCAGCCUUUCCAUUACCGGAGUCCAGUUACUACAAGCCCAAGACCAGCCUUUUCCCCGGGUGCUGCAGCUAAUUUGUACAACACGAGAUGUAUGCAGAGGGAAGCAGCCACUCGAACAAACACGACACCAACGAAUAAUACCUCUCGAUUUAUUUCCCACACUGGUUCAGUUUCAAACUCUACUCCCAUAGCAAAUAACACUCCUAUUAGAAUUAAGCUUGCUGAUACGUUAAGCCAAAGUCCGUCGGCGAACAGCCAACCUAUAAAACUGCAGAUUAGUCAAAAAAAAACAACGGAAAGGACACUUUCUACAACUCAAUCUAGCUAUCAAUGUAUAAGCAAUCAAAUUCAACAAUCAUCGUGUAGAUCGUUACAAAAACAGAUUUCAAGAGAUCCCGGCGGGACGGCACUUGGUGUGGCAUCCUCGAAUGUUCAAACAGUUACAUUAGAUUCUAUUAUAACAGAGUAUUUAACAAAUCAACACGCGCUUUGUAAAAACCCAAUGGUCACAUGCCCACAGUUUAAUUUAUUCGAACCGCACAAAUGUCCGGAUCCAUGCAAGAAAAAUUCCACACCCCUCAACGUUAUUGUAAGGUUAUCGAGGAGACAACAAGGCAUAGAUGGCAGGCGGCUGGAUAGAAGACAUAUUUACAGUCGUUUUUGUCCAGUAAAAACCUUCCGUCCCUUAGAUGUCGAUGGAACAUUCACAUGUUGUACAUUUUCCCCGUGCCAAGAGUAUUUGCUCCUUGGCACAUAUGCCGGUGAGGUAAAGAUGUUUAACGCCCGAACCGGCUCCGAGGAAGCGACGUACACGUGCCACGAGUCCUACGUGUCGCACGUUGAGUGCAAUAAGCGCGGCAAUCUCCUAUUGACAUCGACCGCCUGGAGUACGCCGAUGUCGGCUCUCUGGAGUCUCGGUACCUUCUUCGACAUGAAGAUACCUCUCGAUCACGAAGACUACGUCGAGUUCAGUAAGCUACAGGAUAGGAUAGUCGGCACGCAAGGAGAAGUUGCUACGAUAUACGACAUAGCGACGGGCAUGCUACUCAAGACCCUCACACCGUCUAUAUCGAACCAGUAUACAAAGAAUCGGGCGACCUUCAGCAUGAACGACGAGCUCAUCCUCAGCGACGGCAUCCUCUGGGACGUGAACUCGGGAAGGGAGAUUCAUAAAUUCGACAAGCUCAACCAAACUCUCAAUGGUGUGUUCCAUCCAAACGGCACCGAGGUCGUGUCCAACACCGAGGUCUGGGACCUCAGGACUUUCCACCUCCUUAAAACGAUCCCGGCUCUCGACCAGAUGAACGUCAUAUUCUCGCCGGUAAACAACAUCAUCUACGCAGUCUCGCUCGAUCAGGAGAACGAAGACGAAUCCCAUUACGUCACGUCCUUCAAGACCCUCGACGCCCUCGAUUACAGCAACAUUUCGACAUUCGACGUAAAAAGAGGCAUUUACGAUCUCGCCUGCAAUAAGUUCGACACGCAAAUCGCUGUUGUCGAGAAUCAGGGGGAGUUCGAUAGUAUCCAAGAGUCAUGCGUGCGUUUGUACGAUGUCGGUAGGCGUAGGGACGACGAGGACGAAGCCGAAGAGGAUGACGACGACGAAGACCUCGAUGCCAGUGACGAUGAUGGAUCGAAUUCCGGCUCUGAUGAAAACAAUGCCGAUGACGCGGAGAAUGGCGACGUACCUGGAGACGACAACGGCGAUGAAAACGACCGCAACGACGGAGACGAUAAUGAUGAUAACGAUGAUAACGAUUAUAACGAUGAUAACGAUUAUAACGAUUAUAACGAUGAUAUUAGCGAGGUCGAAGAUUCGGGCGACGACCGCCUGUACUUCCACGCGAUAUUCUCGCCGGACGAGUACGCGACUUCCGAUGGCGAUGGCUUCGAUAUGCUUUUUAUUUAA